CAGUUCAUCCUGAGCAACCCAACAAGUGGACUUCAGCAGCGACUGCGGACUUUAUUGUGAAAAGUAAUAUUUCCAACAGAGUUUAGUGUUAUACAAAGUUGAGGACUAUUCCAAAAAAUUCUAAGUGAAUCCGGUGAAAGGACAGUAUCUUCUCUAAAUCUGAGUGUGAAAAUGGUACCUGGCUUUUGGCAGCUGGCUACCACAUUCUUAGUGUUUGCUGUUCUUGGAUCAACACUCGCUUUCAUAGAGAGUCCUUGUGAAAAUAAAGCAUUCUGUUUUCGACGAAACACUCGAUUUGAUGAAAGAUUAAACUCGAGACUAUCCCCAGAAUCUGAUUUUGAACGGGAAGAGGCAAACCCAAAAAAGUACAGUAAUGAAAUAAGACGAUUCAGCAUCGAGAAAGUUUGGCGUGAUAACCAAAGGUUUCGGGAUGAUGACCGUUUGAAUCCUUCUCGAAGAUUGUCAACUAGAGCUCAAGACCCUCAAGAACUAAACAGACUUACUCGAAGAGAACGAGAGGAUAUCCGUGAGGCGCGACUUCGAGUUCGAAUCGACCCAAAAAGUGAGGAACGCUUGGAAGGGCAGUCAAGGGUAACGACCAGAAGUGUAGACGGACUUCGACGAAACACUCGAACCGAAUUGGUUGAGGAAACCAACCGAGACCGAGCUGACCGAAGGCAAGAACAAAAUGAAAGAUAUCGUGAUGCAACCAAUGAACAGAAUGACCGUUUGGCACGGAAUCAACUCAUCAGGAACAGCCGAGUACGAUUAGACCGUGAGGACCGUUUCGAUAGGCGUGAUCAUCGAGAGCGCGGAGAACGUUUAGAAAAUGCAGGUCGCCGUGAGCAUCGGGAUGUACGGGAUGGAAUGGAAUCACGUGAAGAAUCUGAAAGACGGCAGAGUCUGGAAGCUACUCGAAAAGUCAAUGAAAGGCAGGAAUCGCGAGAAAGAAUUGAUGAGCGCAGAAUAUCAGAGAAACGAGCUGAACUCCGUCGAGCUUCUCCUGAACGUGCUGAGUCACCACGAGAACUUGAUGACCAACGAAAUUCACGUCAACGACAAAAUCUUGAUGGCCGAGAAGAACGUAGAGAUACCCGGCGAGAAGUUGAUCGAAGGAUGAAUACUCCAGAACGAUAUCAAACGCGACGAAAAGUUGAUGACCGCAGUGAGUCAAGACAAGAAGAUAAUGAACGCAGGGAUUCACGAGAGCGACUAGGAUCCCAGCGAGAAGACGGCCAAAGUCAGGAGCGUUCAGAAUCACGUCGGCAACUUAACAAGGACCAAGAAUCAAGAAACCGAAAUACAUUACGGCGAGAAGCUGAUCUACGACAAGACGCAAUUGAGCGGUCAGAAUCGCGACAAGAAAGUAACGAGCGAAUCACAUCGCGCAGGCAAAUUGAUGAGGGUCUAAAUCUUGAAUCACGGCGCCAUCGUAUCAAUAACCGGGAGCAAGCAAUCGUCCGUGAAGACUCACGAUUGCGAGUUGAUUCGCGGAACGUCGAUAACGAACAAAGGAAUUCACGAUACGUUAAUGAGCGCGAAAUUUCACGAGAAUCUGACGAACGUCGAGAUUCACGGGAAGCUGAGGAGUACCGAAACCUUCGCAGAGAGAGCAGCAAUCGUGCCAAUUUAGUUCAACGUGCAGAUUCCCGCCGACAAACUAACAACCGCAUGCAAUUACGACGAGAUAUUAGUGAAAAUGGAAUUUCACGUGUACGCCGAGAAAUGCAGGAACAAAGGAGAUCACGUCAAGAAAGUACAGAGCGUCACGGUCGAUUGUUCAACGAUCGUGAAUCUGCUGAACGUCGCGAUUCUCGUGAAUCACCUGAAAGGCGAGAAGAGCUUAACAUGGAUAGGCAAACACAAAGACGAUCAGGAUUGCAGCGGGGAACUGAAGUAAACGAAGGACGACAAGAACGCAAUUCACGACGUGAAGCUAAUGAUCUUCGAGAACGUGAUGAUGUUCAUAGGGAAAUCAGCGGUCGGCGAAAUUCGCGAGAGAACGCAGAAGUACAGGGAAAAAAUGCAGUAACUCGUUAUUCACAAGAGCGUCUGGAUUCCCGACGAGAGGCCGAAGAUCGCAGGAAUGCACCAGAGUUAGACUCACGCAGAGAGGGUGAAUUACGAAGGGAACAAACUGAAGAACGUCGUGAAAACAUCGACCGAAGAGAUUCUCGCGCACGCAUGGAAUUACGAAGAGAAGUCAAUGAAUAUCGCGAUUCACGAGAGCGAAUGGACUCACGACGAGAAGUCGAAGGCCGCAGAAAUUCGCUAGAGUUAGACUCACGUAGAGAAACUGAAUCACGAAGGGAACGAACAGAAGAACGUCGUGAAGACGUUGACCGGCGAGAUUCGCGAGAACGUAUGACAUCGCGAAGACAGGUCAAUGAAUAUCGAGAUUCACGCGAACGAAUGGAUUCACGACGUGAAGAUUCACAACGAGCGGUCGAAGAUCGGCGAAAUUCAGCAGACUUACAUAGAGAGAUUGACUCACGUAGGCAGCUUACAAAGCAACGCCGUGAGAACACCGAUCGAAGAGAUGUACGAGAACGCAUGGAAAUGCGAAGGAAAGCCAAUGAAAAUAGAGAUUCACGCGAACGAAUGGAUUCACGACGUGAAGAUUCACAACGAGCGACCGAAGCUCGCAGAAAUUCACCUGAGUUAGACUCCCAUAGCGAGAUCGAAUCACGCAGGCAACUUACAGAACAACGUCGUGAGAACAUCGAUCAAAGAGAUGUACGAGAAAGCAUGGAAAUGCGAAGGAAAGCCAAUGAGAACCGAGAUUCACGCGUCCGAAUUGACUCACGACGUGGAAACUCAGAACGCCAACAAUCAUCUGCAAAUCGAUCUGAACGGCGAGGCGAGAUGCAAUUACGAAGCCAAAAUGUUGAUAACAUGAAUUCACAAGAGAGGGUCAAAUCACAGCGUGACGAUUCACGAGUUCGCUCUGAAACAACCAGGUUGGAUACUGAACGUCGAGAACAAGUUAAUUCACGCCGAGAAACCAAUGUAGUUCGGAAUACACACCUUCGCGUUGAUUCUCAAAGGGAAGCUGAUGAACGUCGAGACUUACUUGAACGGCGAGAGGAACGCCGAGACUCAUUUGAACGACGAGAAUCAGAUGGACUUCGAAAUUCACGUCUUCGAAUCGAUUCACGAAGAGAAUCUGAUGAACGUCGAAACUCAAUGGCCAGUGACCGCCGCAUGUCACGGGAACGCAUGGAAUCCCGACGCGAGGAUGAGCCAGCUCGGCGUGAAAUUGAGUCUAUUCGUCGCGAACAAGCUGAUCUUCAACAAAGAAUCCGCCGUGAAGUAGACUUAGUGCAAAAAGCCGUUCGAAAUUCUGCAGAAACACGACAAAACUCACGUGUCGACGACCGAAGAGAGGCAGAUAGAGAAUCCAGGCAGUUCGUCUCCCGUGGCGACAGCGAAGCAGCAUAUGUUAAAUCCUUCUAUGGCGACCACAACAUUUCCUACUAUCUCUUCCAGGCUGUCAUCCUCGGAAGCAUUAUGCUUAGCAUGAUGCAACAGGGAGAUAAAGCCCACGAGAAAAAGAAAGGGAACAACUGGAUCCUCAACAAGCUAUCGGCUCUUCAACCUGUCUUCUAAGAAACUUGCAGACUUACCAAGGCAAAGCAACACAAAUCCUGAAAAUAUGUAUUACAAACUGAACAUGUGUGAAACAAUAAGUAACUUUUAUUUUAGAUAUAUUUGAACAAUCUAUCCAUCUAUAGCAAAAAUUAUGGAACAAAUAAGCAUCCAAAGUAAAGAUAUCUAACUGUUUAUAUAGAGAUAGCGUUGAUUAUAUAAGGUGUUAGAAGUUUAUUCGAAAGGGUAAAGCACAAUGUAAGGAGAAAAGUACCUACUGUAAAUAUAUAUUCUGGUUCAAGUUGGAUGUAUCUUAAACUCAAAAGAAUAAACAUUAUA